UCCAUUAAGAAUGAUACCCUUUCCUUCCCUUCCUCUUUUCCUCCUAUUCUUUUUCCUCGCGAUUUAAAGACCCCAGGAACCUUCUAGAAUAAACCCUUUCUGCUUUCUCCUUUUGCACCCUCUUUCAUUUUCCCGGCGAGUUCUGCUGCUGAUUCCCGUCGCUUCCCGGCGAUCUGAGUGAUUUUCCGGCCGGAAACGAUGUACCAUUCAUCUGGCUCGGUUUUGAAGGAGAUGAUCCUUAUUUUUAAGGAAAAUUCGAGAAGAUAGUUUUCUUUGGUGGUUUUCUGAGUAUUUUCUUAGAGUUUUACGGAGGGAAUUCGGUUGAAGAACAAUAUUUACCUCCAAAUCAACUGGUUUCCAUUGAAAACAGAGAGAUUUAAUGGCUUCAUUAAUGAUAAUUUUGAUUUGAUGCCUCUUCCUGAUCUUCUCCAUUAGCGAAGAGCUCGAGAUCUCUCCUUGAGUUCACUUCAAAAUUGAAGCCUUUCCCUCACUGUAAAAACGCAUCAAUGGCUCCUCCUGCAGGGGAGCAUUCGACCAUGGUGGGGACCUCCGAAGCCCAACGAUCUCUCCCGACACCAUUUCUCACAAAGACCUACCAAUUGGUGGAUGACCCAACUGUUGACGAUGUGAUUUCAUGGAAUGAAGAUGGCUCUACAUUCAUUGUUUGGAGACCAGCUGAAUUUGCUAGAGAUCUUCUUCCAAAAUAUUUCAAGCACAACAAUUUCUCCAGUUUCGUACGCCAGCUUAAUACAUAUGGCUUUCGAAAGAUUGUGCCUGAUCGAUGGGAAUUUGCCAACGACUGUUUCCGGAGGGGAGAGAAGAGACUGCUAUGUGAGAUCCACCGCCGGAAGAACCCUAGUCCAGCGACUACAGUACCGAUUCAGGGAAAUCACCCCAUGUCUCCGACAAAUUCUGGCGAUGAGCAGGUUCUCUCCUCUAACUCCUCUCCGGCCCCUAGAGAAAUUAUCACUGCUGCUAAUUGCACGGCUGCCGAGUUAAUCGACGAGAAUGAGAGGCUAAGAAAAGCGAACACACAAUUAAAUCAGGAGCUAACGCAGAUGAAGACACUCUGUAAUAAGAUUUUUGUCUUGAUGGCCGGAUAUGCUGGAAAUCAGCAGGAAAAUGGCAUUGCAGCCGGGAAGUUGCUCGACUUUUGGUCCGAGAAGGGGCUUCCUGGUGAUGCUGAUAUGGCAGUUGCCAAUGUAGCAGUCGAUGGUGCUGACAUGGUGGUGGAGGAAGUAAAGGUGGAGGACUCAAGCCCGAGGUUGUUUGGGGUGCCAAUAGGGGUGAAGAGGGCAAGGGAGGAGACAGACGGUGGAGAUGAGGGCGAGGAGGGCAUAGGCACACGAGGCCCAGUGCCAGGGGGAGGCACACAAGGCCCAAUGCCGGAUGCGGUGAAGGAGGAGCCUUUGGAUCCGGGGGCAGAGUGCCAGGACACCCCUUGGCUCAAGUUCAGCUGCCGGCCUAACCAGAGAGUCUGCAAUUGAUUUGUUCCGCAGGCCAAAGCACGAGAAGUCUGGGGAUUUUGACAUGGUUCUCUGAUUAACCCCAGAGCUUCUAGCCUCUGGUCAUAUACUAUAUAUCCAUGAAAGGUUUGGAUGAGAAGCGGUUUCUUUAUCUUGGAAAACCAAGAGAGAGAACAGGCAGGCUUUUGGUGCAGGGUUUAGAAAAAAUAUUGCAGAGGGAGGAUUUCAUUUUAACUCUCUCUCUCUCUCUAACCUGCAUACAGGUGCUUUUCACCCCUUUUUACCUCUUUCCAUGGAAAGACUAAGGUGUUCAUGUAUAUAUGAGCAUGUCUAAUAUUUAACAUCCAUAAAUAUAAUUUAUUUGUAGUCCCUUAA